AUGGACGCCGCCAUGGACGAUGACCAGGGGUUUGUCCCCGUCAGGCGUCGAGCGCGAGCGCGGAAGGACCGGCUCCAAAAGGAGACAGGCGCCGCGCCGUACGAGGCUGGCGACCCUGUCUCCGGAUCACUCGACGUCCUGCAGCCCGCCCACGACGACCUCACCGUGACGACCGGCCUGGAGGAAGAAGACGACGCUCCGCAGCCUGCGGGCUCCGACUCGCGCACGGUUCCCUCUGUGUCGGCGUCUGCUCGUCCCUCGGCUGCGGUGAAAGCGUCUUCGGCCAAGAAGUCCACGGUGCGCUUCGAGGUGCGCCGCCUGCUCGUCCCGCCCCACCGCAUGUCGCCGUUGCGGAAGCAGUGGACGGAGAUUUUGGAGCCACUCGUGACGCACUUGAAGCUGCAAGUUCGCAUGAAUCUGCGACGGCGCUGUGUCGAGUUGAGAACGCGCGUGGGCGACCCCGGGACGAAGGGUGGUGCGCGGAGCGAGAGCGCGCAGCCCAACAGCUCGAUGCUUCAGAAAGGCAGCGACUUUGUGCGGGCCUUCCUUCUGGGCUUCGAGGUGCGCGACGCGAUUGCGCUGCUGCGUCUCGACGAUUUGUUCAUCGAGUCUUUCGAAAUCAAAGACGUGAAGCGGCUGAACGGGGACCACCUGAGCAGAUGCAUUGCGCGUCUGAACGGGCGCGACGGGAAAACCAAGUACGCAAUAGAGAACGCCACGCGCACGCGUCUCGUCUUUGCAGACAGCCGAAUCCACAUUCUCGGCUCCUUCGAAAACAUCAAACUCGCUAGACACUCGAUAUGCUCUCUCGUCCUCGGCGCGCCGCCCGGCAAAGUAUACAACCACCUCCGUACCGUCACACGCCGCCUCGCCGAGAGGCUCUGA